UGUUCCCGGGUGUGGGCAGCGCUUCCGGCCCCGCCGCUCUUCUCAGUUGGUGUGACCGGUGCGUGCAGCGCUCAGUGUUCUCCGUCACAUAGACGCACUUACGGCCGCGUGUGCCAAGUGUCUGCAAUAUGGCCGAGCCCAACGAGAGGAGCCUUGACGACUUCUUUGCUAAGAGGGACAAGAAAAAGAAGAAAGACAAGGGAGGCAGUUCGGCCGUCACCAAGGGGGCAGCGAGGACGACGGACGGGGCACAGUCUGUGCUAACGUCACUGAGUGGAGCUGCCAAGAGCGCCAGGAAAGAGAGGUCGAACAGGAGUGACGCGCAAGACCCGCAGCAGGAGAAGGUAGAUGAUGAAUGGAAAGAAUUUGAGCAAAAAGAAAUCGACUACAGUGGCCUAAGGAUUCAUUCAUUGCAAAUAAGCAAUGAAAAGGAAGAUGAUGAAAAUGAGAAGGAAGAACAGGGUGCGGACUGGGAAGAGAGUGGAGGCAGUGGCUCGGACAAGACCUCGGGUCCCUGGAAUAAAACUGCAGCUCCUCCUCCUCCUGCAAGUGUUGUUACAGAAACUCCGGAACCUGCACAGCCCUCUGGUGUAUAUAGACCCCCUGCUGCCAGAAUGUCUGCUCCACAACGAAAACCACAAGGGCCACCAGAAAUCUUUAGUGAUACCCAGUUCCCAUCUUUACAAGCCACUGCCAAGCAUAUAGAAACCCGCAGGGAUAAAGAAAUGGAGAAGACAUUCGAAAUUGUAAAACAUAAAAACCGCGCCAGAGAAGAAGCUACGAAGAAUCAGGCUCUUCAGCUUCAGUUAGACAACCAGUUUGCAGUUCUUGGUGAACAAUAAAGCUGCAAAAACAUUUAACACAACUUUGUAAACUUGCCCAUAAGGAAAACAAACUACAGCUGUUGGACUUGAGAUCAUCUGUACUGUCUGAUCUUCUCCCCUGCGCACUGGAUGAAACAUGUGACUCGAUCCUCCAAAGUUCCAGAUUAUAAACUUUCCUUUUUUUCCCUCUUGCUACAUGAACCCAACCCAUUCCCCCCUGACACACACACACACCGCCCUUCCCUUGCUUCUUUGUUUUUGAAUAUGGGAACAUGCGAGGCUGUGAAAGUUCAACAAUAAUUCCUAUGGUUGUAAACCUUGCACAUCUAGAU